GUAAGCAAUGGACGCGCAUCCUUACCGUCCUGAGGGCCGUAAAUAGCGUAUCACUUUUUAAUUGUCAGAAUUAGUGUAUAUCUACGCACGGAAACACUCCAUUGCUAUGUGAAUGACAUCAUAAAUGCUUAGAUAACCUGAGCAGAUUUAUGUGAUUUUUACUGCAGUGGAUUAAGCCAUUUAUGAAAGCAAACAAGAAGCAGCAGCUACACUUAACCUGAUAACUUAGGGCAGCCUGGUUUAAUUAGGCAUCAGGUCAUGUUCCCAGGUCAAGCAAAAAGUCGCUAAAACUCCAACGACUUUGAAGGAAAUUCCAGACCUUACUCUGGAACAGGAGAGAGAGGGUCUUCACACUUAAACCACCACCAUGGACAGAUCAAAUGGCAUGAUGACCAGAGGGAGAGGUGGGAGAGGAGGCUUUAGAGGAGGCUUCAGAGGUGGCAGAGGCGGGACAUACGAAGAGAGGGGUGGCUACAAAGGCGGGAGGGGCACAACAUAUGAUACUGGCCGAGGUGGAGGAUACAGGGGAGGAAGAGGCACUAACUACAGUUCCAACAGAGGCACUAACUACAGUUCCAACAGAGGCACUAACUACAGUUCCAACAGAGGCACUAACUACAGUUCCAACAGAGGCACCAACUAUAGUUCCUCCAACAGGGGCACUAACUAUAGUUCCAACAGAGGCACCAACUAUAGUUCCUCCAACAGAGGCACUAACUAUAGUUCCUCCAACAGAGGCACUAACUAUAGUUCCUCCAACAGAGGCACUAACUAUAGUACAGCAGGUGCUAACUAUAGUACAGCAGGCACUAGCUAUAAUACAGGAGGUACUGGUUAUAGUGGAGGUGGUAGUGGCUACAGUGGAGGUGGCAGUGGCUAUAGUGGAACAGGCAGUGGUUAUAGUGACAGUGGCUACGAGGGAGGGGGAAGUAGGGGAUAUGGUACAGGAAGGGGAGGUAGUUAUGGUGGAGGAGGCAGAGGUGGUGGUAAUAACUACAGUGGUUAUGGUGAAGAACAAAGAACUACUUAUGGUAGCUAUGGUGAAGAAAGAGGUGGUUAUGGAGGGGAGAGGGAGACCAGUUACUCUGGCUAUGGUUCAGAGAGGGAGACCGGGUACACCGGUUACGACUCCUCAACUAGCGGGUACGGCGGCGGUUACGGCGAAGAUCGGGGUAGUACUUACCCUUAUAAUGAAGAGAGUAGCAGUUACACGGGCUAUGGAGAAGAGAGAGGAACUGGGUAUACUCCUUAUGAGGAACAGAGAGAUGCAGGUUAUGGAGGAGGCAGAGGGACAAAUUAUGGUGGAGGAAGGGGACGAGGCACAAGAUUUACUACAGGUAGGAGCCGUGGUCACAAUGCAGUCAGGGGGAGUGCCUAUAGUGGAGGCCGGGGUGGUUAUGAAGACAGUAGCAGUUCAUACAGGGGAAGAAAAACCUCUUUUGAAGGGACUAGAGCUGGAUUCAGGGGUGGCCGUGGGAAUUAUGAAGGAAACGAGAGUGGUUAUACGGGAGGGAGAGCUAGGGGUGUGAGGGGUACUGUUCAUGGAGGGAGAGGAGGCUAUGAAGGAGGAACAGGUGAUUUUGAGGCAGUUACAGGGGGAAUAAGAAGAGGUAGAGGCAUGUAUGAGAGAGGCAGAAGCAGCUCCAGGGGAGUAAGAGGAAGCUUUGAUGGACUGAGGGGUCAUGUUAGAGGAGGGCGAGGUGCCAUUCCUGCUGGACGAGGUGGCAUGAUGGAAUACACAAAUGACUUCUCAAGAGGAAGAGGCUUUUUAAGGGGAAGAUCUAUGGUUAGAGGAGGUACAAAUAUAUUAAUAAGAGGAAGAGGAAGGUUACGAGGAGCAAGGGGAAAUAUGAGAGGUCGUGGCGGAUAUCAAGGAAUGCCAUGGAUACAAGGCUAUGGUUAUCAAGAUGGAUCUAUGCAGCGGGAACCUGUAAAGGAUGGCUGUGUAAUUUACCUGAAUUUCCCCGGUGCCAUCACUGGUCAAGGUGUUGCAGAGUUAAUGGAGUUUGGGAAAACAGCAACAUCAAUGCACUUUGGAUGGAAGUGCUGUUUAACCUUUGAAUCGGAAGCUAAAGCCCAAGAAAUGGAAGCAAAAUUAGCAGAGAUGGAAUUCAAUGGUCAAAAACCAAACAUUGACUCAUCAUUCCGAGAAAAGGCAAAGGUUUCUGAGCCAGCUAAACGGAAUUCAACCAGUGAUGUAGAGACUUCCCCAGCCAAAAAGAAGAAAACUGAAGAAGGUAGUAAUGAUCAAGGUGAGAACAAGGGUGAUGAAGCAAUGGAUCAAGACAAAGAGAAGCCGGAAGAUGUAGAGGUUACUAUGGCUGAGGGAAAUGGCAACGAUGCUGAUGGUGAGAAGGAUGGAAAUGAUGCUAGUUGUCAAGAUACUCUUGAGGAGUAUGAUGGUACUGAAGUAAACGAUAUUGAAGAAUUUGAUGAAGAAAAAGAAGAAAUGGAAAGUGGAGAUGUUGAAGUUUGUGCUGACAAUAUUUUAUUUAAAACUUUUUCAGUUCUGUAACAAGGUUUGAUGACUUGAAUAUAGAGAUGCUAAGAUGAUGAUUAUUAGACGUAAGGAUGUAUGUGUUUUGCGAGGUACAACUUUUGGCGAUUCCAAAUGUUUUGAUGUGUAAUUAAGAAUAUCGAAAUAGAUAAGGUGGCAACCAUUAAAAGAUGUAACUUUUUUCA